AAUAUAGACUUUCGCUGGGUGUAUGUUUACUUCUAGGAAAGAUCUCUCAAUUAGAGGUGUGCAAUAAAUCUGACUCAGCACAGCCCCAGUGUUACGUCGAGGCAGAGGCCGUAUCCAAGUCCGUAACUACAAACCUCAUUAUCAUCAUCCUCAACAACAUGGCGCCAGCGUACAGCUGGACUGCACACAGACGCCACGGCACUUCUUCAACAAGUUACUUCACUCACUAAACGCAGCGUCGCGAAGAUUUUUGUAGCUUUUCUUUUUGCUUUUCGCUUUUCUUCUUAUCCAGUUCGUUUGUUUUCUUUGACGAGCAAAAAUCAGCCUUUUUGGUCAUCGUGGUCUCCAAAACUCACCUGCUUAACAGCAGAAAGAACAGACAGUACUGGACUCACUCACUGUUGCUGUAUUUCUCAAAGUGAAAGGAAAGUGAGCACCGAGAUUACGCGGACGGGAAAAGUACUUUUUUCCAGAAAAAAUAAGACAUGUAACUGUGCUCGAAAAGGCUUUUCUUCAGAGGACAUGCAUCUAAACAUGAGCGAAAAUAACUGUCCACUUGAAGAAAGGGAUAGAGACAGACUUCCUCCUAUACUAAACAAUCAGAGCUUGGAUCGUGGACCGAAGCUCCCUUUCCCCUCUUAUGGAAGUUUCAUCUCCACCUUGAAUCACAAAAGAGAGUCAGGCAGCCAAAGUCUCUCUUCUCCAUUCCUGCUACCUGCAGUUAAACAAGUGAGAGAGCUUCCACCAAUAUGUCCAGAUGUGAGACAGAAGCAUCGUAUCUCUAUUGAUGUUCUUCCUCCAGAAGUGAAGGCUCGUUUUGUCUCAGAGCCCAUUAUUCCCAUUCGGACCAAAACCACCAAAGAGUUUCAGGACGAUGUUGAAAGAGCAACUAUCUCAGGGGAUUGGAAGCAAGUCCAUGAUUUCUACUUGACCACAUUUGACUCCUUUUUGGAACUCAAUGGUGCCUUUAAGAAAGAAGCAAAUGCUCCCUUCAACACUAUUGAAGACUCAGGAAUAAACAUCAAAUUUGUCAAUAUCGUUUAUGAUGCCUUACUCCACACGCCCGCAGACACACAGAAAUCAGUCCUGAAGGGAAUUAUUAAUAGCUUAUUAAGAGAAUGGAAAGGGCCCCGCACAAAGGAUGACCUUAGAGCAUAUUUUGUUCUUGUGCAGAACCCUCAGUACACCAGCCCAGCCACAUAUGUCAUCUAUGCACACUUACUGAGGCAAAUAGCAGCCCUGGCUGAAGCGGACCACCAUUUUCUGAUGCACUGGUUUAAAAAGCUGCCUCAGAAGCGUUUCAAACAGCUGGUGGAGCGCUUGCAGCUCUUCAUCACCACCCGCCUAUUUCCUGCCAAACCAGAAGAGUUGCCGCCCAUGGCCAAAUGCUCUUGGUGGAUUCCCUCAGCCACUAAAGUCCUUUCCCUGCUUAAUGCGGCAAACAGCAUUUCCUGUCCCCCUAUCGUCCCUUUCACUGAUUUCUACAACCUAACCCUGGACCACAUAGACUUUAUGGAGGAUUACCACACGUGGCAGGCUCACGGAAAUUCAAGCAGGUUCACCUUCUGUCAGUUCCCUUUCAUCCUGUCCACAGUGGUGAAGAAGGCCAUCAUCCAGAGAGACUCUGAGCAGCAGAUGAUCAGCAUGGCCAGGCAAACUCUGGUGGACAAGGUCUCUCGCAGGCAGAGGGUGGAUAUGAGUCUGCUGUUUCUCAACAUUAAAGUUAGGCGUCUGCAGCUGGUCAGUGACUCACUGGAUGAGCUUUCGAGAAAGCGAGCAGACCUGAAGAAAAAACUGAAAGUGACGUUUGUUGGGGAAGCAGGGUUGGACAUGGGUGGACUCACAAAAGAGUGGUUUCUUCUCCUGAUUCGACAGAUUUUUCACACAGACUACGGCAUGUUCACAUAUGUGAAGGAGUCCCAGUGUCAUUGGUUCAGCAGUUGGAAAUGUGACAACUACUCUGAGUUCCGAUUGGUUGGAGCCCUUAUGGGCUUGGCUGUGUAUAACAGCAUCACACUGGACAUCCGCUUCCCCCCCUGUGUCUACAAGAAGCUGCUGACCCCGCCCAUUGUGCCGUGUGACCUCGACACCCCCGUUGGCAUGGCGACCCUCACCCUGGAGGACCUCCAGCAGAUUAUGCCUGAUCUUGCACAUGGGCUUGGGGAACUCCUCAGCUAUGAAGGAAAUGUUGAAGAGGACUUCUACACCACGUUUCAGGUUUUUCAGGAAGAACUUGGAGUGGUCAAGUCAUAUAAUCUGAAACCAGGAGGGGACAAGAUCCCUGUAACCAACCUAAACAGAAAAGAAUACACCCAGCUCUACAUUGAUUUCCUGCUGAAUAAGUCCAUCUACAGGCAGUUUGCUGCUUUCUAUCAUGGUUUUCACAGUGUUUGUGCCUCAAAUGCCCUGAUGCUCUUGAGGCCAGAAGAGGUUGAGAUCCUGGUUUGUGGGAGUCCUAAUCUGGACAUGGGCUCUCUGCAGCGAGUGGUGCAGUAUGAGGGCUACAGCAAGACUGAUCCCACCAUUCGGGCCUUCUGGGAUGUGGUUCUGGCCUUUUCUUUGGAGCUGCAGAAGAAACUGCUCCACUUUACCACAGGAAGUGACCGCGUUCCUGUGGGGGGAAUGGCCGACCUCAACUUCAAGAUCUCCAAGAUUGAUGUCUCCACUGACUGGCUCCCAGUGUCGCAUACAUGCUUCAACCAGAUCUGUCUACCUCCAUACAAGAGCAAGAAAGAAUUAAGGCAAAAGUUGACUAUUGCCAUUUCAAAUGCAGAGGGCUUCGGAUUGGAGUAGAUUACAGUUGUAGAUCUAAUAAUCUAAAUCGUGACUGUAUUCAGCCUGCAUUCACUGAAAGGUAAUGGGCAGUGAUAUUAUUUUAAACAGCCAACAGGGUUGUGCAUCAGUUGAGUUGAGAAUGCCUUUUAAAAUAUUUUAACAAACAGGACUCAGAAUUGUAAUUCAAUUAUGUAAGGAAGUAGAAUUAAAAUCAAAGUUCAUGUACACUACUGUUCCAAAAUUUGGGGAAGAAAUUAAUACUUUGAGCAUGGAUGCAAUAAAUUGACCAAAAGUGACAGCAGGGACAUGCACACAGCCACUGACCCUUUGCCCUCAUGGGCUGAGGUGCCCCUCCAGCAGGCAGAUUACAGUAUAUGAGCGGAGUGGACUUCAGUCCACGCUAAAUGCAUUCUGUAAUGACUCUGCUGCUCCAUUUCUCGCUUGCACCCUGGCUGCACUCCUAGUUCUCUUUGCUCCUUUAUCGUGUCGACAUAAAUUAUAGGUGUAAUUUGCAGGUGGGACGGGUGAGACAUGUCCCCAUCACUUUUUGAAACAUCUUGCGGUAUAGAUGUAUCUAAUACAAAUUAAACAGAGUAUUAAUUUUGUUAGUUUGUGUUAAAUAAGAGGCGAUCUGGCACUGGAAUGCGUUGUUUUUGAAAUCAUGCUGAGUGCUCCUUUGCCACUGUUAUCAGUGGCUAGUGCGCAGACAAGUGCUUCAAUCUAUAGCUAACCAUUGCGGAGACUCUUUAUUCGUUCCUUUGAAAUCACAAAACAAAAAUG